UAACCUCCAAAAUUUCACAGACAAAAAUAAAACCGUCAAACACAGACGCAAAUAGUGUUAAGUGUCUCCCACUCACGCCUUUCACCUUCUCCACUCUCUACUCUGCCGUUUCUUGCUUUUUUUCUUAGCACCCCAUUUCACCAUUCCGUCAAAAGUUGAAACUUUUUCAUAAAAAGACUCCAUUUUUGCAUUCCUUCUUCUGCAGGUGAAGAAGCUAGAGCUGGGAAAUUCACAAGAUGAAUAGGGCAUUGAUUCGUUUUCUGGUUUCUUUGUGGCUAUGUUGUUGUUGUUGGUUGGUUUCAAUUGGUGAAGCACAAGCACAAGGAGGAGAGUAUAUGAAAUACAAAGAUCCAAAGCAACCAGUUGCAGUUCGUGUUAAGGACUUACUUGAUCGAAUGACUCUUGAGGAGAAGAUUGGCCAAAUGGUUCAAAUUGAUAGGAGUGUUGCUAAUGCUGAGGUCAUGAAAAACAGCUUCAUUGGGAGUGUAUUAAGUGGCGGUGGAAGUGAACCACUUCCAAAAGCUACUGCUCAAGAUUGGGUUAACAUGAUAAAUGAAUUUCAGAAAGGGUCUUUGGCAAGUCGAUUGGGUAUUCCAAUGAUGUAUGGGAUUGAUGCUGUUCAUGGCCACAACAAUGUCUAUAAUGCUACCAUAUUUCCCCAUAAUGUUGGACUUGGAUGUACCAGAGAUCCUGACCUUGCCCAAAAGAUUGGAGCUGCAACCGCUCUCGAAGUCAGAGCGACGGGGAUUCCUUAUGUCUUUGCUCCAUGUAUUGCGGUUUGUAGAGAUCCAAGAUGGGGUCGGUGUUAUGAAAGCUACAGUGAGGAUCCUAAAAUUGUGGAACAAAUGACAGAGAUAAUACCUGGACUACAAGGAAGUCUCCCUGCCAAUGCCAAGAAGGGAUUUCCAUAUGUUGGUGGCAAGACAAAGGUAGCUGCUUGUGCUAAGCACUUUGUUGGAGAUGGCGGUACAACCAAGGGAGUUAAUGAGAACAACACUGUGAUUGACUGGCAUGGAUUGCUUAGCCUUCAUAUGCCUGCCUAUUCUGAUUCCAUUAUCAAAGGGGUCUCAACAGUGAUGGUUUCGUACUCCAGUUGGAACGGGGUAAAGAUGCAUGCAAAUCAUGAUCUAGUCACCGGCUUCCUAAAGAACACCCUUAAGUUUAAGGGAUUUGUCAUCUCUGAUUGGCAAGGUAUCGACAAAAUCACAUCGCCACCGGAUUCAAACUACACGUACUCUGUCCAAGCUUCCAUUCAAGCCGGUGUUGAUAUGGUGAUGGUCCCAUACAAGUUUGAUGAGUUCAUUCAGGAUCUUAAUCUCUUGGUCAAGAACAAUGUCAUUCCAAUGGACCGGAUUGAUGAUGCUGUGGCGAGAAUUUUGCUUGUCAAGUUUACCAUGGGUCUUUUUGAAAAUCCUCUAGCCGAUUUUAGUUUAGUCGACCAGCUUGGAAGUCAGGGACACAGGGAUCUUGCAAGGGAAGCUGUGAGAAAAUCUCUUGUGCUGCUUAAGAAUGGGAAAAAUGGAAGUGCUCCACUUCUGCCUCUUUCAAAGAAUGUUCCGAAAAUUCUAGUUGCUGGUACACAUGCUGACAAUUUGGGUUACCAAUGUGGCGGGUGGACAAUCAAAUGGCAAGGGUUUAGUGGCAACAUGGACACAAGUGGAACAACCAUUCUUAGUGCCAUAAAAUCAGCUGUUGAUCCAAGCACUGAAGUUGUAUUUCGUGAGAACCCGGAUAGCGAAUUUUUAAAGUCCAACAACUUUGAUUAUGCUAUUGUUGCUGUUGGUGAGCUUCCUUAUGCCGAGACUGCUGGUGACAGCACCACUUUGACAAUGACGGAUCCUGGUCCAAAUAUAAUCAACAAUGUCUGUGGGAAUGUUAAGUGUGUGGUUAUCAUUGUUUCUGGUAGACCUAUUGUGAUAGAACCAUACGUUUCUUCUAUAGACGCAUUGGUGGCAGCAUGGUUACCGGGCACUGAAGGCCAAGGCGUGACCGAUGCCCUUUUUGGCGACUAUGGUUUUAGCGGCAAGCUUGCUAGGACAUGGUUCAAAUCUGUGGAUCAACUCCCUAUGAAUGUUGGGGAUCCUCACUAUGAUCCACUCUUUCCAUUUGGUUUUGGUUUAACAACUGAAUCUGUCAAGGACCUAGUAGCAAGGUCAACCUCAAGUGUUGCUAGUGUGAGGGCUUGUAUAUUUACUAUUUUGGUGACACUAAUUAUCAGCUUAUAUUUAAUAGGUGAAGCACAAUUCAUUGGAGCUUAUUGAAGAGGGUAGCUAGAGAACUAACUUGGGAUACUUCUCGGCUUAGUCUUAUUUAUUUUAUCUCAUUCAUCAAUGUAUUGGAUCACAAAUAUUGCUCAUGAACUAGUGAUUGAUCUCUUUAUUUCAAUUUUCUUAUUCAAGACUUUGUAAGGAAUAUCAGACAAUUAGGGACAUCAACUACUAGGAUUUAGGUAGCCAGGCAUUGAACCAAAUUUGUUAAGAGAUUGAAUAUUUUGAUUUCUCAUUGGGAAAGGGUGUGAGGGGCUUGUAAGUAAGUUCAGAUUUCAUUACCUCUACUCACACCAUUGAAACUUAGAACUUAAUCCAAGGCUUUGGUGUAUCCCGAAAUUCACAAGAAUUAAAAAAGCAAAUUUCUGUA